AUGUCGUCGCUCAAUUCCCGCUUGCAGCAGGCGCCGAUGAGUGUUUCGUCGACGCCGUCGUCGCCUUCGAUCUGCGGAUCUCCCUCCUCGACGGCCACCAGCAUUUCCUUCUGUUACACGUGGACGACCAAAGUGAGUACGAUGUUCGCUCGUGUCUCUAUCGUGGUGAUUCAGUUGAAAACACGGAAAACCGCCGACGGAGACGCCACGAUUCUUUCGAUUUCCCCCAAGUUUGCAACCGUUCACCAGCUCAUCUCUUUUCAGUGGAACAUCAGAAUACACGACACUUCCGAAAUGGUAAACAACUCAUUUUCAUCUUUUUCUCUUUAUUUAACUAAUUUGUUUGUACACUAAGCCGUCUGGUUUUUAGAAUGACGACGAUGAAGACGUGGACUACGUGGCAGUUGAUCUGUAUUUCGUGGACGGGCCCGUGAACGAAGUGAAUGUGAUGGCCGAAGUGGGAGCACUCGAGAAGACGUCGACGGCCACGAUCGGGAGCAUCCCUUCCGGACAGAAAGAGGCAAAGACUAUCAAAGUGCAAAAGGGAGUGGGAUGCGAAAUCACCGACGCGGACCGGGAGUGCGUGUCGAAAUAUCUGAAAGAGAACGUGGAAAACAUCAUCAAGAUUUCGGUAAUCAUUAACAUGGAAUCCCGUCUUUUCGAGCCGUUCACCUACCUGGAUGCGGUUUCUCCGACGCCCCGAGUCUCCUUUUUAACUGCCAAUUACAAUGCGAGAGUGAACAGUAAAGUGUGGAAGAGAAGAUCUAGAAAAAGGAACGGACGGGUGGAGAGAAGAGUGCUGAGCGACAAGGAAAAGACGGAUUACGAGAAGAAAGUACAGAUGAUUCUUGACGAGGAAAGAGAGAAAAUCGCGGAGAGAAGGGAACUGAAAGUGAAAGAAGAGGACUCGAGCUCGCGGAGGGCCUCACUUAUCUCACAGUUCCGCGAGAAUCAGCACGAGUCCGUACUCGACGAUCACAUGUUCAAGAGGGUAGGGAGCGUAGGGAUGGAAUUGAAAUGAAUGGGAAUUACAGAUUCUGGUGAGUUGCUGUGAGUCCUGUGAGCAGAGAAGGCUCUCGUUCAUGUACGACAGCCGGACGGAAGAUUCGGAAGCGGAAGAGGAAGAGGAAGGAUCGGACGACGAAGACGACGAGGAGCCGCACUUCGAGUGCGAUAAAAGCGAUAAGGAACACGUACACGAUGUGAGAACUGAUGAAUGACGUUGUCUAACUACUUGGAACCCUUUUAGAUGUUGGCCAACUUGUACUUCAACAAAGUGGUUCUUCCACAAAUGGAAUACGUCGAAGACUUUGUCGACUUUCUCAUUGACGCCGAACUAAACGACUUGCCAGUUCUGAAAAGAGCAUGCGAGAGAUAUCUGUGCAGUGAACUGAACACGGUGAGAAUUAGAUGCCGAAGAAGAACCGUCAGGAAAGUAAUUACAGAAAAAGGACAUCAACACGUGUCUCCUUCUGGAUCUUCUCUUCAAUUCGAUCGUCUUCAAUCUGCCGGUGAUGAAGUCAAUGACUCUUACCGAAUUGGCGAACAGAACUCAUGAACUCGUUGAUGUCGAGGGGCUUUUGGAGCAGGAAGAGUUCAAGUGAGAACGGAGAGACUUUCCAGAAAACCGGCAUGGAUUUUCAGAAGUUUGGAUAAACGAAUGCGUAAUCUGGCCGACAGAAACCUCGUGGAAUUAAUCGAACAGUGUGUCACUUUCCGUGAUCAAAAGGCGAGAGUUCGAGUUCUUCCGACUGCCGACUCCUUCGAGAAUCCGUUCGAUUUAGCAAUUGCCAACAAUAAGUAA